AUGCCGAACUACAAGGAGGGUAUCAUGCCCUUGUACCAGGUGCACAAGCCACCCUUCACGAUCGAAGCGCCUGGCUACGAGAAGGUUGAAGGCGAGACCCUUCCCCGUCGCAGCCCCAAAGCCAAGGAUGGCCUUCGCAAGCGCCCCGCUGAGGACGUCAACACCAUCUACGACAUUGUCAAGCGCAGCGCCCGCGUCUACCCCAACGAACCUGCCGCCGGCACCCGCAAGCUGAUCAAGCUGCAUAAGGAGACGAAGAAGAUUACCAAGAAUGUCGAUGGCGAGAUCCAGGAGGUCGAAAAGGAGUGGCAGUUCUUCGAGCUGUCGCCCUUCUCCUUCCUGACCUACGCCGAGUUGCACAAGUAUAUCCUUCAAUUGGGCUCCGGUCUGCGUAAGCUGGGCCUCAGCAAGGGCAACAGGCUGCACUUCUAUGCCACGACACACCUCAACUGGAUGGCCUUGUCCCACGCUUGCGGCUCCCAGUCCAUCUCUCUCGUCACCGCCUACGAUACCCUUGGCGAGGAGGGCCUGGAGCACUCCCUCCUCCAGACCGAUGCCGACGCCAUGUACAUCGACCCCCAGCUGCUCAAGACUGCCACCAGGCCGCUGAAGAAGGCCAAGACUGUCAAGUUCCUGAUCUACAAUGACGCUUCUCACUUUGCCACCGGCGAUGAGGUUGAGGCUUUCAAGAAGGCGAACCCCGAUACCACCCUCUACAGCAUUGAGGAGGUGCGCCAGCUGGGCGAGGACAACCCCGUUGACCCUGUCGAGCCCAGCCCCGCAGAUCUCUACUGCAUCAUGUACACGUCCGGCUCGACCGGCCUACCCAAAGGUGUGCCAAUGACGCAUGAGAAUGUGUUGGCUGCUGUGACUGGCCUCUACACCAACGUCGAGGAGUGUGUCAGUCAAAAUGAGUACAUCCUGGCGUACCUGCCGCUCGCCCACAUUUUCGAGAUGGUCCUCGAGAACAUUGUGCUGUUCAUCGGCGGCACCCUCGGCUACGGCAACCCCCGAACGCUUUCCGAUACCUCCAUGCGAAACUGCGCCGGCGACAUGCGCGAGCUGCGACCUACCGUCAUGGUCGGCGUGCCUCAGGUCUGGGAGACUGUCAAGAAGGGCAUUGAAGCCAAGGUCAACAGUGCUGGCGCCGUCACCAAGGCCCUCUUCUGGGGUGCAUUCAACUACAAGACGUUCAUGAGCAAGAACAACUUGCCCCUCGCGACGGUUCUCGAUUCUGUCGUUUUCGCCAAGGUUCGCGAGCUGACGGGCGGCCGUCUGCGCUUCACCAUGAACGGUGCCAGUGGUAUCUCUGACGGCACCAAGCACUUCCUUUCCAUGACCGUCGCACCCAUGCUCACGGGCUACGGUCUCACCGAGACGGGCGCCAAUGGUGCUCUCGGCGACCCCCUCGAGUACACAUCCAACGCCAUCGGCCCCGUCCCCGCCGCCGCCGACAUCAAGCUCGUUUCCCUCCCGGAGCUCAACUACUCGACCGACAGCACUCCGCCCCAGGGCGAGAUUCUCAUCAAGGGUCCUGCCAUCUUUAAAGAGUACUUCAACAACAAGGAGGAGACAGAGAAGGUAAUCACCGCCGAUGGCUGGUUCAAGACGGGCGACAUUGGCGAGUUUGAUGCCGUGGGUCACCUCCGCGUCAUCGACCGCGUCAAGAACCUUGUCAAGAUGCAAGGCGGCGAGUACAUUGCCCUUGAGAAACUCGAGUCUGUCUACCGCGGCAGCCAGUUUGUUGCCAACAUCAUGAUCGACACGGACCCCGACAGCUCGCGACCUAUUGCCGUCAUCGCGCCCAACGAAAAGACUCUGACCGAGCUGGCGCAGAAGCUCGGCGUCGACGAGGCGCACCAGCACUCUGACCGCAAGGUCAAGGACACUGUUCUGAAGGACCUUGUCACCGUCGGCAAGAACGGCGGACUCGGCGGCAUCGAGAUUAUCAGCGCUGUUGUGCUCGUUGAGGACGAGUGGACGCCUGCUAGUGGUCUCGUGACUGCCACGCAAAAGGUGAACAGGAGAGCGCUCCGGGCGCACUACAAGACGCAAAUUGCCAAGGCGUUUGGCAAAUAA